GUAAAUUUUUGGGAUUUUGACGGGGCUCUCUCGGAAAAAAAAGUUCAUAUCGAUAGCGGGAGCGGCUUUCGAUUAUACUCAAUACCUGAGAAAGAAGACGCAGCAGCACAACCCUCGACGCUUCAACGUCAACGACAACUCUCUCUCUCUCUCCCUCCCCCCGUCUCACUUUCGCACACGGUUCGUCUCUGGCACAAUCUUCGAACAAGCAAAAAGAGAAGAAGAAUUGUAAUAAUCACAACAACGACAAAAUGCCUAAAUCAAAGCGCAACAGAGUGGUGCACAUGACCCAGGUCAGCAAGAAGACGCGCGAGCACAAGGACAAGCUAUUCGAGACCAUCCGCGAAGCCGUCCCCAACUACCAGCACGUCUUUGUCAUCAGCGUCGAGAACAUGCGCAACACACACAUCCAGGAGGUGCGGAAAGAGCUCAACGACUGUCGAAUCUUCCUCGGCAAGACCACCCUCAUGUCGCGCGCCCUGGGCAAGACCCCGGAGGAGGCGAUCCUGGAGAACAUCGAGAAGCUGAACCCGCACAUGUCGGGGUCGGUAGGCCUGCUGCUGACGAACCGGGAGCCGGCGGCGGUGCUGUCGUACCUGUCGGGCGUGCAGUUCGCCGACUUUGCGCGGGCGGGCACCGUGGCCUCGCGCGGCUUCGAGAUUCCCGCCGGCUACGUCAUGAGCACGGGCGGCGAGGUCCCCGCCGAGCACGACGUGCACCUAGGCCACACGAUCGAGCCCGAGCUGCGGCGGCUGGGCAUGCCCACGCGCAUGGUGCGCGGCAAGAUCGUGCUGGGCGAGGAGGACGGCUCCGGCGACGGCUACACGGUGUGCAAGGAGGGCGACGUGCUGGACUCGCGGCAGACGAGGCUGCUGAAGCUGUUCAGCGUGUGCCUGAGCGAGUUCGCCGUCCACGUCAGGGCGUACUGGACCGCUGCCAGCGGCGAGGUCACCGUGGUCGAGCCCAGCGCCGGCGAGGGUGCUAUGGAGGAGUAGGGGAUGUCAAAUGUCUUGUUUGUGUGCCCACGAGCCGAACCAACGGGGGUGUGGAUGUAUGGCGCGCACUCUAUAAAUGGUUUUGAUGUUUCUUGUUCAUGUGCAUAGGGCGAUACCAUCACGGUUUGGUCACUGGCGUUCCGGUAGAGAUCAGGGAAAAGGGACUUGAAUUCAUAAAUACUCAAUCAAAUCCACCUCCGAUAAGUGAUCGGUUGAGCUAUAUAUAUAUAUAUAUAUCACACACUGUUCGUUGCGGUUCCCGGAACUGAUUCUCAAAUACUUAUUUUUGGUCUAAAACUCGUACUUUGUUCAUCACUCAAUUCGGGUACAAACACAAUCCAAACUGGCACAAUUCAAAACUGG